UUUCACAAUCCAAAAGAAGCUAAUUUCUAGUCCCACUUGAUCUAUUGUAUGGCUUAUUAUCCUUUUAACGUUUCCCCAAAUGACAAUUCUCCCCCAUUAGAAAAUCUUUCGCCUACUGGCGGAGGAAGUUGCGUACUUUCUCCUCGUAGGCAUCCGAAUUUCAAAGGAAUUCGGCAGAGGAAUGGGAAAUGGGUAUCCGAAAUCCGCGAGCCUCGAAAGACUACACGUAUAUGGCUCGGUACUUUCCCAAAUCCCGAGAUGGCAGCUAUUGCUUACGAUGUUGCGGCUCUGGCAUUAAAAGGCCCUGAUGCCCAAUUAAACUUCCCGGAUUAUGCAAACUCGUACCCUGUCCCUGCUUCCCUGUCAGCCGCUGAUAUUCGUGCUGUGGCUGCAAAUGCUGCAGCUGCUAGAGAACCCCUUCCGUCAGAAAACAGUAACGCUGGAAUUUCUGAAGGUACUGUAGCAACAACAGCAGAAACAACAACAGAACAGGGACACAAGUUUGUGGAUGAAGAGGAAAUAUUCGGAAUGCCGAAAUUGCUGGAUGAUAUGGCAGAGGCAAUGCUUGUUAGCCCCCCGAGGAUGCAUCAAUCAACAUCUUAUGAUGAGUCCCCUGAAAACUCUGAUGCGGAUAAUCUCUGGAGUUACCCAUAAAGUAUGAGGAAAAUAUGGUCCCCUAUGUACAGUCCAGAAACUAUAAUAACGGAACUACUGUUCAUAAGUUAGUGGGUUUUGCAUUUAUUUUUUUUGUUUUUGCUUUUUGGAGAAUAGUCCUUGAGCAACAAAUUCCAAAAAGGAUGUGCUAUUGGAUUUCACGAAACAGUUUGUGUUUUUUUCCUUUAAAAAAACAAAGAGAAAGAAGUUACUUUACUUUUAUUGAAAACAAUGACAUUUGACUCUCUCAAAAUUCAAAAUAUUGUUUUGUUACAAGUCAAAGAAAAUUGUUUUCAAGUUUUGAGUAACUUCUUCAAAAUCAAACUAAAAACAAAUAGCCCAUAUAUAAACUUAGUUGGUGUAUGGACUCUCUAUAUAGGUGAGAAGUCCUUUUCCUUGUAACAGGGAAUACUAAUUAGAGGAUGUUUAGAUCCACUUAUUUUAAGUAUUUUUUGACUUUUAAAUUCCUUUUUUUGAGGGUGUACUUUUUUCUUUUAUUUUAAGCACUUAUUUUUAAUUUAAAAAGUAGAAAAAUAGGCUAAAAGUUAAAAAUUGGGUAUGAACAACUUAUAGCUUUUAAUUUAUAAGCUACUCCAUAUAUCUUAAUUUAUGUGACAUUUUUAGAUUCCCGAGAUUCAAACAGUCUAAUUUUGACCAUGAAUUUGAACAUGUAAUUUUUAAAGUUUUUGAAUUUUUUUUUAUAUAUUACGUAAAAGAUACUAUAAGUCACAAUAAUUGUCAAUUUAAAAUAUUUAAAAGAUAUAAUAAAAAAAAUAAUGAUCAACGAUAAAUUUAUUUAAAUCUCUAAAUUUAAAAAAUACUACAUAAAUUAAAACGAAAGGAGUACUUAAAAACAAGUCAAUCCAAAACAACUUCUUAAAUCCAUCUGUUGGGUAGAAAAUAGUAGGUAGUCACUGUGAAUUAAUUUGUCAUAUUAUUUUUUCUAAUUUCCAACCCGUCGAUCUGAAGCUCUUAGGAACCACCAAGUAUAUGGGAUCAAAGUGCUUGCUUUGAAGGUUUGACUAUGUGAAGUAAUAUUGUAUGUGUCAGAAUGCCCAAGCCUACUCAUUUUUGGACAUAUUUUUGUAUAUUAAUGAAUGAAAUGAUAGACUAUGUUAUUACAUUCUGUGUUGAUAACCUAUGUUUGGUACCCUCUCGUUUCCAUUUUGGAUAAAACGUGUUUAUAUCGACUUAAAAUUAAA